GAGAUGCUUUAAGACUCAGUGCCAUGGCACUAUCACAUCCCCCGAGCACCGGAUCCUCGGCAGUUUCUUAUUAGUGACAGUGCGCCACUAGGGGAAUCAUUUUACGCACGAGCACCUACAGUCACAAACUGACUGUGGAGAGCCUCUGUCCUCCUGUUGCGCCAUGGAGAACUCCAGCCUGUUGGGCGGCGACGCACAAAAUGCUGGCCUGAUAGACUUUCUUCUGACGGACGCUUUGCAGCAAGUUGUGGAUUCUCGAGAGGACGCUUCCAUGGAUGGAUUAGUGUCCAGUGGUGCCAUUUUUCUUGAAGGCAGUGCUUUCAGGACUGCCGCUGGAGCUGAGUUCAUGGCCGCUCCGCCGUCGGAGUCCCCUCACCUGAUGCCUGCCUUUUGGGAUUCUCCGCUCAGUCACGGAAUCAAUGUAUUUGUGGGACUUGUCCUUUGCUUCACUAUGCUGGGGCUGGGCUGCACGGUGGAGGUCAGCCAGCUUGGAGAGCAUAUCCGCAGACCCAUCGGGGUGCUGCUGGCUCUGGUGUGUCAGUUUGUUAUCAUGCCCUUGGUGGCCUUUCUGUUGGCUUUAGCCUUCUCUCUUGAUGAUGUGGCUGCGAUGGCUGUUCUCCUCUGUGGCUGCUGCCCGGGAGGGAACUUAUCCAACAUCAUGUCUCUGCUGGUGCACGGAGAGAUGAAUCUCAGCAUCAUCAUGACCAUCUCUUCCACUCUGCUGGCGCUCGUGCUGAUGCCGCUGUGUCUGUGGAUCUACAGUCGGGCCUGGAUCAACACACCUGUGGUCAACCUCAUGCCUUUUGGGGCCAUCAUCCUGACCCUGUGCAGCACUCUCAUCCCCAUUGGUUUAGGAGUUAUGCUGAGAUACCGCUACACGCGUGUGGCUGACAUUGUUUUAAAGGUAUCGCUGUGGUCUCUGCUAGUCACCCUUGUGUUGCUGUUCAUCUUGACUGGGGCGAUGCUGGGACCGGAGCUGCUGUCCACCAUCCCACCCUCCGUCUACGUGGUGGCUGUCCUGAUGCCUCUGUGUGGCUACGCUGCAGGUUACGGCCUGGCCAAGCUAUUUGAACUGCCGCCCAACAGCUGCAGGUCAGUCUCUCUGGAGACAGGAUGCCAGAACGUGCAGCUGUGCACUGCCAUCCUGAAGCUGGCCUUCCCCCCUCAGCUGAUGGGAGGGAUGUACAUGUUCCCUCUGCUCUAUGCCUUGUUCCAAGCAGCUGAGGCUGGCAUCUUCAUCCUGGCCUAUAGGAUGUACAGGAAGGAGGUUCUGCACAAACCAGAUCCCAUGAAGGAUGGCGAGGACACGGAUAUAACAUAUCAACGUUUUGAAGAUGAGGACAUUGGUUUUGACUCAUCUUAUGGCGCCGUGACAGUGAGUGACCCAAACACCAUCAUGUUGGACCCCUGUCCUCCUGAUCCAACUCCUGUUUAAUGUUCAAAUCCCUACUACAGGCGUAGUGGAGCAGAAUAAGACCUGCAGGUGGAUCCAUCAUUUUGAUCGCUGUCAUUCAUCAGGAAAAAGCUGGAAAAGAGGGAGACUGUGCAGGGAAAUCCUGUUUAUCACUGACCUGACUGCUGAAAAAGGUGCUUCAUGCCAAAAGCUUCAUUCAUUCAUUUCAAACAUGGUCUCUACUGUAGUGAUGAAUCAUCAUGUUAGAAAACAUUGCUGUGUUACCUAUAGAGCAUUUUCAUCAGCUAAGCUUAACUUCAAUCUGUGAGAGUAACAUUUAUCAGUAUGUCACACCAUCAAAGCAGGACAGGUGAACAGUGUGUGUGUGUGUGUGUGUCUGAAAAACAUAUCACUCAUGUUACUCACGUGCAGACCAACCAGGCAGUGCCGAUCCAGUAUGUGUGCACCAGAGCUAACAGUCUGAACAAAUGUACAAUAUGUGUAUAAUAUUAACAAGUGUGUCAAAAAAUAAAAAGGUGUGUAGAGACUAAACUAAAACUUUUUUUUUUUUUGCCCUCGUCACGUGUCUGCUGUUUUUGAUGAGAUAAGUCUCACACCUGCCUUUAAUUAAGCCUGAUGGAGAGCUCGUUUUGCUCAAUCUAUUUAAAUAGCUACACCAACCAGCCUUGGUUGGUUGAACAAAAUGGCAACGUAUGGUGACGAGCCAGUCGAUAGCUAUUUCUACUCAUCUUACAACCCUUACACAGGCAGAUA